GAACACUUCAGUACCCCGGCGUAGGUCGUAGGUGACGGUUGUCUCUGUGCCGGUCUAUCUCGCGCUCGCGAGUGUAUUCGUAAUACGAUGAGUGGUGUAUUUUAUUCGAAGUGUGAUUUGUGAGUGUUAAAAGUGGUUCGUGUAUCGGCUGGAGGUUAGCUGCUACACUGCGCUAAAAUGCUAACCAUGAACCGACUAAUUAGCAUCACACUCAUCACCUCUAUAGCGCCCACCGUCUACUCCGAAAAAGACCGAGAACACCAGGGUCCCCAAACAUGUGGGGGCCACUUUAAAGGCUCAAUAGGCUCCUUUGGCGUUAUUCAUACUCCUAAUUUCCCUAACGCCUUCACGACGCCAAUUAAGUGCAAGUGGGUGAUCGAGCGUUUAAACGACACGGGAACUAUAUCGAUAUACUUCACGCAGCAGUAUACCACUACUGGGUUAACGUUUACGGAGUACCUGUACUACGAUGAAACGUACAAGGCGGGGGAGAGGCGCGCGUUUACGGUGACGGAGGAGAACAUCACUAGGGUGAAAUGGCUUCAGAUCAACAGCCCAGUCCUCGUAGUGGAGCUUAAGUUGAACAGGCUGGAGGGCACGCAGCUGCGGGCUCUGGGGCUGCUCUCGGUGUUCGGGUUCAACAUGACGUACUCCGUGCGUGGCCCCGCCGAGCCGCCGGGCCCGCACUCCUGCAGCGCCAUCGAGUGCCGGUUGCUGGGGCACUGCUACGCGAGUCACGACUACAGGGAGUUUUUCUGCGCGUGUUUCGAGGGCUACUCCGGUGCGGACUGCGGCGUUGGCCCACUCUGCCCGCGGACAAACAUGUGCAAAAACGGCGGGACCUGCAGUCAGAUGGGCCCCGCGGCAGUGAGCUGCGCGUGCACGCCCGGUUUCACUGGCGAUGUUUGCGAAUCGCAAAAUUCCGCACCAGUGUGCGGAAUAGAAGAAUGUUCAGAGAGUUGUAAGGAAGGUCGAAACUGUGAUUGCGAUCCCAAGGACUCGGAUUCCAAUUUGGCGAGAUUUGAAACAAAAUUGCAAAUUGUGGACCAAACGGAAAGCGACAUAUCUCAAGAAAUAGUGAAACAGAUAACGAGCCAUUUAAAAAUAUCAAAUAUCACGUUAGAAGCUGAAAUUGAGAUUUUAAAUAUAAGUUCCGCGGACUCAAAUGGCGCACGCACCGUGUGGUUGCGCGUGUGGGGCGCGCGGCGCGAGGCGGGCGCGGUGAAGGCGGCGCUGGCGGGGCUCGCGGGCUCGCGGUCGCGUGCCGCCCGGCUCCGCCUGCUCAACUUCGACAUGCAGCCGGCGUUAACGCUACACGCUUUGAUAAUGAACCAGCGGCCCGAAGUGUGGGAGGGCUCAGAGUUCAUCCUCAGCUGUAUGGCCUACGGCUCCCCUGACAUUGCUUUCACCUGGUACAAAGACGGUGUCAAAGUCAACUUCAAUGGAACUACCAGGGAUAUUUGGACCAGGACUGUGGCAGAGGACGCGUUAGGGCGUCGAAUGUCGGUACUAGGCAUAACGGAGGCAAAGACGCCCGACAGCGGGCGCUGGUCGUGCUCGGCGGACGACGCCGACCGCAGGCGGUGCCGCGCGCUGGAACUGCACGUGCUCAAGCCGCCUGACAUCAGGCUACUGCCUACUGCGCUCACUGUCAAUAAGGGUGAUAACGUGAGCAUAACGUGCCUGGCCGUAGCAGGGCGAAUGCACGGUAUUCUUGGCUUCAGUUGGGCUCUGGGCAAGAAUCUGCUGCCCAUGGUGCCCGGCCGCGAAGUCUGGGAAGACCUUUACCCUGCUGGCAGCGUGCUCAAACUUUUCGAUGUUCAGAAAUCGGGCCUAUAUAAUUGCCAAGUAUCAUCGGUAGCAGGGACCAAUUCCAAAGAAGUCACUAUGUGGGUGCUGAGUCCAAAUGACGAGGCCUGCGAGGCCGAGGCUUCGCACGGGCUGCGAUGGCCGAGGACCGCUCCAGGGGCACAUGCCUCAGCUGUAUGCCCUCCUGGACACAGCGGAGAAACCACUAGGUUUUGUGAGCCAAAGACGGGUCAGCAUGGAGUAAAGUGGCGAUUACCCGACUUCUCUGGGUGUAUUGCAGAUUCAUUGAAAAACAUUUAUGAACAGUUCAACCGAAUAUACCACGGCUACUCCUGGGGUAACGUGUCCGACAUAGCUCGCCAAUACGGGGCGGUGCUGCGCUCCCUUCCCUCGCAUCCCGGCGAGGGCACCCUGCCCUUACAGCAUUCCCGACAAAUGCUGUACUACCUGCUCUCCGCCGCCGGAAAGCCAAGGGACCGGACUGAGAGCGUACCGCAUCUGCUUAAGAUAUACGACACACUUUUAAAGCAUCCAGAUACCUUCUUAGAUGAAGAGAAAAUAUACGAGCUACAAAACGCCAUCGCAGACGCCGCAGGCAUGCGAGACAAUCACGACCUCCAUCUGCACCAUUUUGACCAUUUCUCCGUGAAAACCAGCCCCGUCUUGGAAGAUAACGCUGCACAUUUCAAGAUGCAUGCGGAGCGCACCGGUACGGAGGAAUGGCUACUCGCCUCAGUGGGCGUAGAGCUGGUGAGAAGGAACGGGAAUGCGUCAGUUAUAGCCAUUCAAUAUUACAACCUUGGCACUCGGCUGCCUUCGCUGGGCAGGUCUAUUGAGUUCAAGAGCGGACGCGAGAUGGAGUUCCUGGAGGCGUCGCCGCAGACGCAGCUGUGGGGCGCCGGCGCCGGCGUCGACCGCGCGCUGCCGCACACCGUCACGCUGCUCUUCACGCACGUGCAUAACUACAGCGCCGUCGCAUCGAAGCUGGCCUGCGGCGUACGCACGGUGGAGGAGCCGCGCGCGUGGAGCACAAAGGCUUGCGAAGUGCGAGUCACCGAGCCUACGCAUGUGACGUGCCGCUGCCGAGGGUUGGGCACUUAUGCGUUGUUCACCAUAGCUAGGUCCACUCUAACUGAUGUGGAAAAAGAUCUCCGUGGAAUAGUGAAGAUCACAGUCGGCCUCGGUGGCGCCAUGUGCUUGGCGGCAGCAGCGCUACAGGUGCUGGGGCUAGCGUCGGGGAGGAAGGCGCGGCUACCCGUGCUACUGAAGGCGGCCACAGCAGGAACACAUUCCGCAGCGCUCUUUGCGUUACUCGAGUGCGAUACUGGAGAGGAUGAAGCAUGCCCGGGCGCACUGGGCUGGGUGUGCGCGGCGUGCUGGUGCGCCGGCUGCGCGGCGUUGUGCGCACAGCCGCUGCUGCUGCAAGCCGAGUUGGCCGGCCGUCAGCAACGGGCGCCGUCCGUGGGGCUCCUAGCAGGCGUGUGCACUCUGGCGUGGCUGACGGCGCGGUUAUGGGGCGGUGCGCCUCUACAACUCGGCGCAGCGGCGCAAGCUGUGUGCGCGGCCGGCUGCGCGCUGCUAGCUUUGCUGUGCCUCGCGCUUGCUGUGUGCGCUGCGUUGCGAUUACGCACUAUCACACAUAAGGUUCCUGCCGAACGUCGGAGCUACCUCGCUGACCGGACGCGCGUGGUUCGACACACGCUAGCGUUGCUGCUAACUACUUCAGCAGCGCAAGCGGCGGGCGUGGCGUACGCGCAGCCGGGCGAGCGGCGCAUUUCGCACGUCGCUGCGCUUUCCGCCGCGGCUCUUGCCAACGGCGUCGCUAUGUUAAUAUGCUACGUAAUUCGCGACGAGGAGUGCCUGCGAUCAGCCAGGCGCGCACUGUCUAUGGGCGAGCCUAGGGAAUGGCAAGACUCGCCUGCUGGCGAUACGUCGCUUAGUUUGUACAUAAAGCAAGGUGGUGAGGUGGAGAGCCGCGGUGGCGUGGGGACCUUGGAGUCUUCCCCGACGCCCUCGUCGCCCGGCGGCUACUGGCGCGCGCCCGCGCCGGGGCUCGGGACGCCCACUCGACUGCACAGGCGGCAGUCGACGCCGGACAGCCGUGCGGACAUCGUGCGCUGCGUGGAGUACAAGGAGACAGUGCUGAGCCCGCAUCGCUACGAGCGCCACUCGCGCGCCGUGUGCGACCUCAUCCCGCGCGCCGCUCACCUGGCGCGUGUCGCACACCCCGCACACGCCGCACACCCCGCACACCUCGCACACCCCGCGCAGCCCGAGUACCUGGCGCGCGUGUGCCUCGAGCUCGACGCCACCCCCGUCUCGCCCCAGGACCCGCCCGCUCCUCUCCUCACCUGCUCCGUCGACUUCGAACCCUACACCGAAAAACGAUUCGAUACCGCCAAAGAAAACUGCACACUCUGUGUUCAGUCCAACCCGGACGUCUCCAAAAUACCCUCGCCGCCCAUCAAGAGCUGCCUAAAAAAAUCUAGCAAAAAUCAAGAAUUCACGUCCAGUAUAUCCCUCCCCUCCAUGGAAAUAUUGAAUGACGAGUCCAAGUCUAAGUCCGACAUCGAGCAGGUGAACAGGGAGUGGAACAAGGCCUACGAAUCGCCCGAGACCGACCGGAUGUUAAACAAGAUAUCCAACGAUCUGGAUUUUCUAUUAAAUAGAACUCAGGACGCUAGCGUUAAUGUAAUACUUGACCAAAUCGAGGAGGCCCCCACGUAGGAUACGGAGUGAAACAUUAGAGACGGUAGACUUUAGCCAUGUAAGUAAACGAAUAACAUGGAAACAGGGGUGCAACAUGCCACUAGGAUAAUAUGUACAUAUUAAAAGUGUUUUAUAGAUAAUUAAAAAAAAUGUAUCAUUGUGCAUGCGAUUUAUAUGAAUUAUUCCUUUUUGUAAACUUUAAUAAUGUUAUUUGGAGAUAUAAAUUAAAACAAGUCUAGGUAUCUACACAUAUAAAACCGGGAGCAUAGACGCGGCAUAAUAGGAACGCCCAAAGCUGAGAAAAAUAUCGUUGGUGUGGGAUUGACAGCUGAAUUAGAUUGCGCUGUACGAGUGAAUGUGCAACCUCGAAAAAUACGCAAUACCUAUACAUUGUAAAGCGAUAAGGUUUGACAAUACCCUUAACGUAUGGCUCAAUGUAGUGCUAGAUGGUAUUACAUGGAGCCAUACGUUAAUUCAGCCUUCGAACCUAUAUACUUACUUUACUCUUUGCUUCGAACCCAGCUUAAGAUAUCUCGGAGCGCUCUGUGUGUCUUAUUAUCCCCGUGUCGGCUCGGUACGAUUAAGCGAUCAAGUUUGAAACUAGUCAAAUUCUAAAGUGUGCGAUAAAUAAGGUUGUUAGCAUAAUUUAAACACAUUGUGAUCAGUAAUCUUAAAUGGGUUAUUUAUACAAUUUAGCUUUAUAAAAGAACAUAUUUAAUAAUUUUCCGUGUCAGUAUUUAAUUUACGUUAAUAUACCUAUUUAUAUGAGUAGAUAUAUCAUCAUAACAAAUGUGAUAAAUUUAUGAUAAUUUAAGAUGUACUUACGCGAAUUUAUCGUUUUGAUACGGAAUCACACAAGAAGAAUGAGGAUAUAUUUUUUUAGGUUGUAGGUACUACGUAGGUAUAUAACACUAAUUGUUUUAAUUUAUCGAACAUUUUACUUAUAAAAUUUUUCGUUAUUCAUAUCUCCCUGGCGAUGUGCUUAAGAAAGGUGUAAAAUAAAGGUGUACCUAGUGAACGUCAGCUACGUUGGUAGAUCGAAUAAAACAGAAAAAAAUGUAGUAUUUCAUUCCCGACUGAAUUUUUAUAAACGGUCAGAACUUGGACUUUUGGCAGAGAAGAAAGAAUAUGUAAGGCGUCUCCUGUCAAAAUGUUCUAAACUUGACCCAUGCUUGAACCUCAGCCUAACUGAAAUAAUUUCUUUCAAUAUCCAAAUACGCAAACGUGUCGAAUUUUAAUAAGAUUGAACAUAUGAAUUUCGUAUCAAAGACAUAAAAGUAUUAGCUUAAUUUACAGACAUGUAAUUGUAUGUGUCUAAUGUAGUUAGUAUAAUUGUAAACCAAAUGUCAUGCUGUCACUCAUUUUAUUAAUUUACUUUUUACCUUUUUGUAAUAAAACUUUUUAUAAAGUGGUUUUCACGCACAGCACUAAUCAUAAAUUAGUUAUUACAUUUAAGUUAUUAUUGAUCACCCACCUUAAUUAUAUGUGAUGAUAUUAUAAAUUACUUAAUUCUUAAUAGGUCUUAUACAAUUUAACAGUGGUACCUUAUCUCUUCGUUGUAAAUAUAGAUACGUAAAUCAAUUACUUAUUAAAUGUGUUUAAAGUAGAAUAGGUAAUUUAAGAUAUCUAAACGAAUUAUAUUUUAUGUUAAAUCGGGUACAUACAAUAUAUUUUUAUUUACAAUAAAUUUUUUACAAUUGAA